GUAAUUAUAUUAAAAAUGAGUGAACACAUUGCUGAACAAUUGACUAAGAUUAUUAAGUUUAUGAGUACCACCGUGGGUAGAGAUAAACUCUGCAAACUGGUGCAAUAUGUCUCCAUGUACCUGCAAUACAAGGAAUCCAACAAGAACUCUCUUGAGGGUCUUAAGGAGUUAAGCAAUCCAGAUUUUCCAUUAAACAAAUUGAACUAUAACAUGUGGAUCACAAGGAAGAUGCUAAGGCUCGGCCUCUUGUGGCACUAUUGCAAGCAGAUUAGAGAGUAUAUCAACUCAGACAGCACUGAAGGGGAUCAAGGGACAUUAAAGAAAAAGAAAAGCAUGCAGAAGAAAGAUUCAAUGAGUAAUGGUGCAUCUGGAGAAAGAUCUGAGGCAUCAAACAGUUUCAGUAUUUUUGAGUUUGAUUCACCAGCAUUGAAAGCCCUCUCAACUAUUUGCAAUACCCUUUUCUGUGUAGCCGACUUACCUCUACUUCUCCAGGAGCUAAAGUUCAUCAAACUUGAGUCUCAUUGGUUAAAGCAGAUAUUUACUCUUAAGCAUAUUUUCUGGAUUCUGUCAUGACUUUUCAAGUUGGUUAAGCAGUAUAUCUUAAUCAGAGCAAUGAAUAUGAAAGUUGAGAGAUUUAAGAACCUAUCAUUCCCAAAUGAAAAGACAGAUAAGUCCUUACUCAAGAACUUUAACGAAAAUGAAGAGAGAAAGAGUGUUGAAAAGGACUUAACCAAGCUAUUAAUCAGCGUGAUCAGAACCCUCAUAGAUCUUUUACUCCCCCUCCAUUACCUUGGAAUCAGGAAGAUGAGCACCAAGAGUUUAGGUUUAUUUGGCACCAUAUCUUCACUUGGAUCAAUGUUGUAGCCAAUCAAAAUUAUUUAAACAUUGUUGUCAAAUCAUUUCUCCAAAUCUCAAUGUAAUUCCUUGGUUUCUUACUCCUUUUUCGCUCGUUAGAGUAGACUUAAUCUUUGGCUUGGUCUUGACUCCAGUGUGGACUCUCAAAGCUCAACUCUCCGACGCUGCAAUAAUUGUACUU